AUGGACGAGACAAACCAAUUGGGUCUUCAUCACCCGAUCAGCCUCCACUCUACGUCCACGCUCGCCGUCACAUAUCCAAAGGGUAAGCCCCUUCAGACAUCCUGUCAAUCUAUGCCGAUUUCUGCAACCGCAUCUAGCCUCGCCGCCGCCAAAGAUCUUCGGUCAGCUUCGCCCUUGCCGCUCACACACUCGCUCCGCAUCCUCAUCGUCGAUGACAAUCACAUCAAUCUCUCGAUUCUCGGCACGCUCCUCCAGCGUCGCUUCGGUCAUGCUUUAGCCAAUCCUCCGGCCAGCCUCGACAGCGGUCUCAGGGCGCUGCAGCUGCUCCGCACAGAGAUCUUCGAUCUCAUCUUCAUGGACAUUCAGAUGCCGUUCCUCGAUGUUGUCGAAUGUACCCGCCGUAUCCGAUCCGGUGAGGAUGGCAUCCUCGCACCCAACCGCAAUGCACACAUCGUCGCGGUCACCAAUAAAGUAGGUCCCGAACCCGGCUCCCUCUAUCGUCACGUCGGUAUGGAUGGCAUGAUCAGCAAGCCGGUGCGCUUCGAGUACUUCCACCAGUACCUCUGCCCGCUCUCCAUCGAGGCAUCCGCAGCCAAGGGGUUCGUCAGCCCUGUGCUUGUGGGCUCUGAAGAGGUGUUGCCCCCCAUGCCUCCCACCGAGCUGGAGCAACGACUCUUCUUUGUGACUGCUCCGAACGGCGGCGUCGUCACCACUUCCAAGUCAUCCACACGUGGAAGCGACUCGCCCACACCCAAGUCGUCCUUCGACUCGCCCAGGUCGGAGCAUCUCUCUGCCAUCUGCGUUAUCCGUCAGCCCGGCGCUGUCGGCUCUGACGACACUCUCGCCAAGGAGGAUCGGGAUAGCUCCAGUCGCAAGCACGGAGCAGGGCAGGACAUCACUGAUGUGCCCAUACUCUCGUUCGAGUCGCUCGUAGAACGUGAGACGCGUGAACGCGAGCUGGACUGUCUCACGCAGAGUCGUGUGCCCACUCUCGCUCGACCCGUACCCAUCCACCGCGUCAGCUCGCCUGCCCAUCUGCUGGACGCUUCGCCUAUCAGCCGGAUGUGCGCCGAGCCGGCUAUGCGCUCCAACCCGAAUCUGGCUGCGCCUCGCGCUGUGCGUCCGGGCAUCCGGCCCGUGCCACGCGAACGACCUGUCCGCAACGACUCUGAUCGCUCGUCGAACAGCGCCGACAGUGCUGCCAUGUCUGCUUACGUCUCCUCGUCGGAGCACACGACGACGACACAGCGCUCUUCUUCGCCCGACUUGUUGAGCAGCUUCGAAGGUCACCGUGCCAUCAGUCCAUCUUCGUCGUUCACCACACCCGUGUCAUCUCCGCCUGACAUGAAUGCGAUCGCCGACGCAAAGGAUUCUGGCGACGACGACGGCCUGUGCGGUGCCGUCUUCAGUCCGUGUGCCGACGACUUGCUCGAUCCACGUGGAAUGGAGGUCUCCGAUACGUCUUUGCUGCCGCCGUUCACGCCUCUCUCGAGCAAGGUCAUGUUGCUGUAG